ACAACAACAACACGGUCAACAACGGUACAACAGCCGGCAGCGAUGGCAUCCUCUAGGACUUACUCAUGCUCUAAAUCCCUAUUGUACAAACUCGCCGAUUGUAAUGCCUGUUUCUUUCCUUUUACCAUCUCCAUUGUCACCUAUAUUCCCCACCCAAUUCCCCCUUUAUCUUAAACUGUAUUCUGACGUGAAAUUAUAAUGGUAGGUAGGUACAGUGCUUUAGAAUGAGGCAAACAAUAAAAUUUGCAUGUUAUUUUGUGCAUCGUAUGGGAGAGCUGACAUUUAAAAUUUAAAUUAACGAGUAUUGGUGUCGCGGCGACGAGUUGAAUCAAAUAUUCGAUAUCGGGGGGCAAGCUUUAAACUCGACCUCAGUGGUAAAAAUAGAAUUAUCUUAUCCCAGUUCAGACUUCCUAGUGUUUAUGUCGAAAGACUGUGGCUGAUGAUACGAGCGGCGAGAGGGGAGAUACGAGCGGUGCUUGGUCCUCGCCAGCUGCUGGCCACAGUUACGCCGUAAACAAUACCGAAAAAUUACACGUUUGACAAAUAUAACAAAGUAAAAACAAGAUUGUUUCCGCAACUAACAACUGGUAUGCACCUAAUAAUUUUAUUUGCCGGACAAUUUGUUGGCGUGACUUCGCCAAUAAUAUAAAAAUGACAAACAAAAGACUCUUAAUAACAGCCUAUCGAUGUACAAUUUUUUCAUCAAUUUAACAAAAGACAUAUAAUCAAGGAAGUGUGGUGACAUUGAGGUUCGAUAUAUAACUGGCAGAGCGGACCACCGGCCGGUACUCAGAACGGCGUCAAAAUGUGUGUCAGGAGGCAACUGCUGCUGUGUACGACGGCCGCGCUGCUGGUGGCAGCGCUCUGCCUGGACGAGGAGAUGGCGGAGCUGGCGCGAAUGCUGCGCGAGAGCUGCGCCGAGGAGAGCGGCGUCGAGCUGCGCCUAGUGGAGGAAGUGAACGCUGGCGCAGCGCUGCCGCCUGACGCCAAGCUCAAGUGCUACAUCAAGUGCGUGAUGGAGACGGCAGGCAUGAUGUCUGCGGGCGCAGUGGACGUGGAGGCAGUAGUGGCCAUGUUGCCUGAUGACAUGCGCGCCAAGACCGAGGGGUCGCUGCGGGCGUGCGGCUCGCGCGCCGGCGCCGACGACUGCGACACCGCGUACAGCACGCAGCUGUGCUGGCAGCAGGCCAACCCGGCCGACUACUUCCUCAUAUAGCCCGCCCUGAGCCGUGCACCACAUUCGCCCCGUAAUAACACACAACCAAUAGUUUACACAUAUCAAAAUCAAACAGCAACAUAAAAAUUAUAAUUAAAGUGCAUCUUAGACAUUGUGUAAUAUACUGCUUGCAUUAAUUACAUCUACACAAUAUGUUAUACUUAAAUGUGAUAUAUAAAUUUUCAUAAAAUUUAUUUCUACUUCCAAGAU